AUGCCCUUAACUCCUAUUUCUUUUCUCUCUACAUUCACCCCCCCCAAUCUCUAUCUCCAAUUAUACUUGAUUGCCUCUUUCAGUUUUUCUCUUUCUUGUCACUCAGUAUCUCUCUCUCUCGAUUGGUCUCUUCUUUCAAUCACUGUCAUGAUUGUUCUCUUGCAAUCUCUUGUUUCUUUUGUCAGUUUUGUUCUCUCAGUCUCUCUCUCUUGUUUAUUCAGUUGCUGUCUCUCUUUCAUUUGUUUUCUCGUUGUCUCAUUCUGUUCGCUUGCUCUCCUGCUUGAGUUCUCGCUUUCUCUCUCUCUCACUCGUUCUCACACUGUCUCUCUUUUGUUGUCUUGCUUUCAUUUGUUCUCUCACUGUCUCUCUUUCAUUUCUUCUUUCACAGUCUCUUUUUCAUUGUCUCUCUUUCAUUUCUUCUUUCACUGUCUUUUUUCAUUGUCUCUCUUUCAUUUCUUCUUUCACUGUCUCUUUUUCAUUGUCUCUCUUUCAUUUCUUCUUUCACAGUUUCUUUUUCAUUGUCUCUCUUUCAUUUCUUCUUUCACAGUCUCUUUUUCAUUGUAUCUCUUUCAUUUCUUCUUUCACUGUCUCUUUUUCAUUGUCUCUCUUUCAUUUCUUCUUUCACAGUCUCUUUUUCAUUGUCUCUCUUUCAUUUCUUCUUUCACAGUCUCUUUUUUCAUUGUCUCUCUUUCAUUUCUUCUUUCACUGUCUCUUUUUCAUUGUCUCUCUUUCAUUUCUUCUUUCACAGUCUCUUUUUCAUUGUCUCUCUUUCAUUUCUUCUUUCACAGUCUCUUUUUCAUUGUCUCUCUUUCAUUUCUUCUUUCACAGUCUCUUUUUCAUUGUCUCUCUUUCAUUUCUUCUUUCACAGUCUCUUUUUCAUUGUCUCUCUUUCAUUUCUUCUUUCACAGUCUCUUUUUCAUUGUCUCUCUUUCAUUUCUUCUCUCGCAGUCUCUUUUUUGUUUGUUUCUUUGCUGUCUCUCUCUUACUUGUUCUCUCGUUGUCUCUUUGUUCCCUCACUGCCUCAUUCUCUCACUGUCUCUCUCUUGUUUGUCCCUUCGCUGUCUCAUUCUCUGUCUUGCUCUCUAUCUCUCACUUGUUCUCUCACUCUCUUAUUUAUUUUCUCACUGUCUCUCUCUUGCUUGUUCUCUUGCUGUCUCAUUCUUUGUCUCACUCUCACUUUUUCUCUUGCUGUCUCUCUCUCACUUGUUCCAUCUGUCUCUCACACUAUCUGUUCUUCUCUCUCUCUUGUUCUCUCAUUAUAUUGCUCUUUCAAUGUCUGCUCCUUUUUCUCUCUCUUUUCUUUCUUUCCCACUUGCUCUCACACCCUUUCCUCUCUUUAUCCUUUCCUGCUCAUUCUCUCCUUCCCCCUCUUUUCUUUCUUCCUCUCAUGCAUCCUCUCUCCUUUCUGUCUCCUCCACUCCUAUCUCUUUCUCCUAUUCCCUCUCUCCUUUCUCUCUGUCAAUCUUCUUUAUGUCAACAACCUUCAGAUGGUCUCUGUCUCUAUCUAUCUAUCUAUCUAUCUAUCUAUCUAUCUAUCUAUCUAUCUCAAUGAUACCCCAGAUUUUUUCAUUUCUCUCUGAUUUUCUCUUUUUUCUUUCUUUCACUAUUUUCAAUUUUACAACCUUCUAUUCUCAUGUCCUUAUCUUUUUUUUCUAUUGCAACCUUCUUUUCUUAUUUCAUUAUCCUUUUUUCAUUCAGCCAAACAUAUUUCUUUUUUCUUUCAGCUCACUACCAUCUUUCUUUUUUUUCAUUCAGCCUGUGACCACUUUUCUUUCUUUCUUUCUUUCUUUCUUCAUUCUCACUACCACCUUUCUUUUUUUUUCAUUCAGCCCAUUUCUUUCUUUCUUUCUUUCUGCUCACAACCACCUUUCUUUUUUUCAUUCAGCUCAUAACUUACUUCUUCCUUUUUUCUUUUUUUCUUUCUUCUCACUACCACCUUUCUUUUUUCAUUUAGCUCAUAACUUACUUCUUUCUUUUUUCUUUCUUUCUUUUUUCCAACCAACCAACUAA